AUGCCGGCGAGGUCGGGGAAGGACGGCGCGUCCAUUCAGAGGGCAAACGGCGCCGGGGAGGAGCGGGGCUGCCGCGGCUGGAGGCAACAGAGAGCGCGGCCGGCGGCGGCCAUUCAAUGGAGGGGCGGCCACAGGGCCUCCGGCGACAAAAUGAGGGAGUGGGGAGGAAGGAAACAAACACGAGGUGCUCUAACCGGAAGGAAGGCCUUGCAACUCCAUGGCGGCCCCGGCCUGCGCCUCGUCCUGGUCGCCCUACGCGGCCGCGGCCUUGUCGCCGUCGUCGCCCUACGCGGCCGCGGCCUUGUCGCCGUCGUCGCCUUCCGCGGCUGCGGCCUUGUCGCCGUCGUCGCCCUCCGCCUCUUCGUCGUCGCCGUCGCCCUCCGGGGCCUCCUCGUCGUCGCCGGCCGCGGACUUGCCGUCGUCGUACACGGCCGCGGCCUUGUCGUCGUCGUCGCCCUCCGCGGCCGCGGCCUUGUCGUCGUCGUCGCCGUCCGCGGCCGCGUCCUCGUCGUCGCCCUCCGCGGCCGCGGCCUUGUCGUCGUCGUCGCCGGCCGCGGACUCGCCGUCGUCGCUGGAAGCCGCCGCGCGCUCCGCCACCUCCUCCUCCCCCUUGAACAGGACGUCGAACAUGUUCUUCGGGCCGAGCCGGGCUUGAGGGGGACCUGGACGUAG